AUGGGUGAUCACUUGGAAAUCCGGAUCGAGCAGGGAUUCGAGCUCAAUCCGACCCCGGAGAAGCUGAUCAAAGGCUACCUGAUUCCGUGGGUGACGGGGCAGAAUCCGACAUGGAACGGCGUCGUUGAGAAGGCGAUCUACGGUGACAGCUUCCCGUGGGAGAUUUUCAGCGAUAUCGAGUCGCUUUACCACUCGAAGAUGGAGGAGAAGGGCGCCAUCAAGUACACCAUCUUCGCCUUCACUACGCUGGUAAGGGCUCGAAAUUCCAAGAGGGUUUCAAGAAAGGCCGGGAAGGGCAAGUGGGACGGCCAGACGGGCCCCAUGAAGAUUGAAGACUCCAACACCGGUUUUAUCAUCGGUCAAUCCAAGAUGUUCACGUUCGGGAACUCAGGCGAGGCGGACGUCGGCAAUUGGAUUAUGCAUGAAUAUUCUCUUAGUAAGGAGUUGGUUAAGAAGAGCGGCCGAGCAAACGCCGCCGAUCUUGUCGUAUGUAAGAUCACUAAAACUGUCAAGAAGGACAAAUCCGAUCACAACACAAAUCAGGGAUUUUUUAACGGUGAUUAUCAAGUCCAAUGUGCGCAACCAGAAUCGUACUACGAUGGUUCAAAUUAUGAAAGAUUCGCACCGGCCACAAGUGAGGGAUUUUCAUCGGAAUAUAUAGGCAACAACGGCGAUUAUCAAGUCCAGGCUGCGCAACCAGAAUCCUAUGACGAUGGUUUAGACUAUGCAAGAUUUGUGCCUGACAUAAAUGAGUCACCCGCGGAGAUCGGUUACCGUGACCGUUAUGAUGCUCCUGCUGCGCAACCAGAGCCGAAUGUUGACGGUUCGAAUCAUAUGAGACUUGCGCCAGACACAACUGAGUCACCGGCGGCGAUUGGUUACAAUGACCGUAAUGAUGCAAUGGCUGCGCAACCAGAGUCGAAUGGCGAGAGUUGCAAUCUUGUGAGAUUCGCGCCGGAAACAAAUGAGGGAUUUUUAAACGGUGAUUAUCAAGUCCAAUGUGCGCAACCAGAAUCGUACGGCGAUGGUUCAAAUUAUGAAAGAUUCGCGCCGGACACAAAUGUGGGAUUUUCAUCGGAAUAUAUAGGCAACACCGCAGAUUAUCUAGUCCAGGCUGCGCAACCAAAAUCGUAUGGUGAUGGUUCAUAUUAUGCGAGAUGUGCACCGGACACAAACGAGUCACCCACGGAGAUCGGUUACCAUGCUCCGGCUGUGCAACCACAUACGUAUAUCGAUGAUUCGAAUCAUGGAUUUCCAUUGGAAAAUAGAAGAAAUGAUGGCGGUUAUCAAGCUUCGGCUGCCCAACUAGAGUCGUACGGCAACACCUCAAGUUACAUGAGACUUGCGCCCGACACAAAUGAGGGAUUCUUACCUGCAAAUAUAGGCCACGACGGCCGUCUGCCUGCGCUACCAGAGUCGUACGGAGACAAUUCCAUUUAUGCGACAAAUGUGCCGAACACAAAUGAGGGAUUUUCGUUGGCGACAAUGGGCAACAACGACUAUUAUCAAGUUGCGGGUGCGCAACCGGAGACGUAUUAUCAGGAGAUUAAUCUAAUUGCGCAGCUUGAGCAGUGUAGAGGCGCUUUAUCAGAUGCUUGGGCUUUUGCUGAAUGUCCGGGCUUCUCACAGAGUUGA